CUUCCAGUUGAUGCUAUGAAACGGCGGCAAAAGAGGAAGCAUCUGGAACAUGAAGAGUCCCAGGAAACUGCUGAGAAGGGAGGAGGAAUCUCAAAGUUGCAAGAGGAUGGCCCUCAGCCUGGAUGUGCUGGAGUGGCCAAGGGCUGGAGCCUCAGUGUGGGAGAGCUCUCCUCUAACUCUGACUACUUUUCCUGCGUUUCUUCUCCACACAAGCUCAUCCAUGGUGGAAUCCGGAGAUUACAUCGAGACAGUCCCCAGACUAGAUCGCCCCUAGCCCAGGUUCAGGAACGAGGGGAGACAUCACCCUGCCCACAGAAUGUCUCCUUGUUGUCCUGUUCAUCCUAUAAGACCUGUGUGUCCUCUCUGAAUAUAAAAAAAGAGGAAAGGGGCAUGAAAAUAUACUACAUGCAGGUACAGAUGAGAAAAGGUGUGGCUGUCUCCUGGGAGACAGCGGAAACCUCAGAGUCACUGGAAAAGCAGCUGAAGAUGGCAGAAAUGACCCUUCCUGACGACGUGUGGGUAGGAACUCCCCCCUCUGAUGUGUCCACCAGAAACCUCCUGUCUGACAGCGAGCCCAGCGGGGAGGAGAAGGAGCAUGAGGAGAGGACGGAGUCAGACAGCCCGCCAGGGCCUCCCUGUGCCGAGGAGAGACCGAGGGCCAGGACGCCUGACUGGCUGGUGACCAUGGAGAAUGGCUUCAGGUGUAUGGCCUGCUGCAGGGUCUUCGCCACCAUGGAGCUCCUCCAGGAGCACGUGCAGUACGGGAUCAGGGAGGGCUUCAGCUGCCACGUCUUUCAUCUCACGAUGGCUCAGCUGACGGGCAACGUGGAGUCUGAGAGCAACCAGGAGGAGGAGGAGGAGGAGGAGGAGGAGGGCCAGGAGGAGGGAGAGAAGCAGGAAAAAAAGGAGAAUGAGGAGGAGCAGCCCACGAGGGAAGACCUUGGACUGCGGAGACCCUGGAGCCAGUGUCCAGGCUGUGUGUUUCAUUCUCCAAAGGACAGGAAGUGA